AUGGAGCCGGAGGAUGGCGGUUCCGGAGCCGACGACUUGGUGUGUAGGCAAAAUCAUAUGAAUUUGAAUCUGGUUGUUAGGGUUCUGUCAUUUUUCAGUUUGGCUGAUGGGGGACCAAAAUCAUGGCAGCAGGGUAGAAUCUUGCCUACUCAAGUUGUUGACAUGCAUAGCUUCAACGUGCUGCAACUAGUUAAUUUCAUAGCCGAGCACUUCAUGUGGGGUUCAAAACAGCACAUAACUUUAUGGCGUGCACUGGAGGAUACAUUUAGUGGAGAUUCUAUUGAGAUUAAAACUGAUGAGCAGUUACUUGAGUGGUUUGAACUGAACAAAGACAAGGAAAAUGUCUACACUAAUGCCCAAAUUAAUGAUUUUGAGGGUCCUUUGCAGUUUUCACCAACAAAACCAAGUGAUAGCAGCUAUGAUAGUGACUUGGCUGCAUCCUCUGAUUCUUGUGAUGAUUGCUCUGACCUAGAUUUUAAUUCUGAUGGUGAAGUUGUUGAUGAUGAAGAUGAAUAUGACCCUCCACCCUUCUCAUAUGAUGUUGAUAACCCGAACAUUGAUGUAAAUGUGGUGUUCCCAGAUGUGGAUCAGUGCAAGGCUGCAGUUACACAUCAUGCCAUUUUGAAUGAUCAUGCUUUCAAGAUUAAGCAAGAGGACCAGACUAGAUUUAGAGCCAUAUGCAAGAGAGCAAAUGAGGGUUGCAAGUGGCGGUUUUUUGCAUCUACAAGCAAAAAGUACAUUGGCUGUAAGGUUAAGACUAGUGGUCCAAAGCAUUCUUGUGGUUCAUUCAACAAUUGUGGUGAAACCAUGGCCAACAAUAAAUGGGUAGCUGAAAGAGUUGUUGAUUUGUUGCGAGAAGACCCUGAAAUGAGACCAAAGGAGUUGCAAGGUAGGCUCAAUAAGAAGUACUCGAUAGAAAUUCCAUAUUAUAGAGUUUUCAGAGGCAAGGAAAGGGCAAUGGACAUGAUAUAUGGGAAGUGGGAUGAUAGUUAUAACUUGUUGCCAACUUAUCAAGCUGAGCUUCUAAGAGUAGUACCCGGCAGCAUAGUUGACAUAGACACUGAAGAAGAUGACAAUGGUGAUUUGUGUUUCAGUAGGUUCUUUGUCGCUCUUAAACCAUGCAUUGAUGGGUUCUUGGAAGGAUGUAGGCCCUACAUCGCCAUGGAUGCCACACACUUGACUGGAAGGGGGAGGGGUCAGCUAGCAGCAGCUGUUGCAGUGGAUGGUCAGAACAACCUAUUUCCAGUGGCUUAUGGUGUCAUUGAGACCGAGUCUAAGGAAAGCUGGACUUGGUUUGUGAAUAACUUAAAGAAGGCUAUUGGUACUCCUACAGGCUUGGUCAUUAGUACAGAUGCGGGCAAAGGAAUUGAGAAGGCUGUAGAUGAUGUGUACCCAGGAGUGGAACAUAGAGAAUGCAUGAGGCACUUGUGGAAGAACAUGAAGAAGAAUGGGUACGGUGAUGAGCUUUAUGGUAAGAAUAUGUGGGCAGCUGCCAAGAGCUUCACAUAAGACAAGUUCAAGUACUUCAUGCGAAACAUAGAGGAGAAGGAUCCUAGUGCACUAUCCUGGUUGGAUGAAAAUCAUCCAUAUGUGUGGAGUAGAAGCCUAUUUGGGGAAGAAUGCAAGGUAGAUUACAUCAACAACAACCUCUCUGAAAGCUUCAACAGUUGGGUGUCCCAAACUAAGGAUUUUCAAAUUGUGGAUAUGCAUGACAAGAUAAGACAAAUGAUCAUUGAAAAUUUUGUUUUGAGAGCCAAGAUUGCUAGAAAAAUGUCAGGCACAAUCAUUCCAAGUGUGAUCCAUGCUCUAAAUGCUAAAGCCAAGAGUAUCAAGGACCAUGAGGUAUUGAUAUGUGGGGCUGGAAAUGCUGAAGUAACUGUGAACAGAUUCAGGUACGCAGUCAACUUAGGCCAAAAAACAUGUACUUGUAGGGCUUGGCAAGUAACUGGAAAGCCAUGCACACAUGCUUUAGCUUUCAUUUCAAAGAUUAGUAGAGAGGUACGAAUGGAUGACUUUGUGCAUGAAUACUUCUCUAUUGAUCGGUUCAAAAAGGCAUAUGCAUGUUCUUUCAAUCCAAUGGCAUCCAAAGAUAAUUGGCCACGUGUUGA